UUAUUGGGUCAGGUCAGCUGUAGAGAAUCCAUGUUUGCCCAGAGAGCUUUAAACGAUGGCAUCAACGGCCUUAAUUAUCAGGGCCCUGUGUGACAACCACGGAUGUUUGGACUUCGAGCAGCUGCUGGAACUGGCGCAGAGUAAUUUCGGCUUUGGGGUCGCGGACCUGCGCUCGGUUCUCUUCAACGACGGCGUAAUAGCGAUCAGAGAAGGAAAGCUGCCAGUGGACAGCGGCAGCCUGAUCAGGCCUGAUAGUCUGGUAGUCGCCAAAACCAGCCUGAGGCUUUGCCAGAAAAAAGCUGGCGAGUGCCGCCAGUGUGGAGCUUUACACCUGUGCAGGUAUCUUGUUGGUGGAAGCUGCAAGUUCGGACACAAGUGUAAAAAUCCACACACCCUGGCUUCUCCGCACAACACUGAGCUGUUGAAGAGAAAUGGUCUUCAGGGUUUAACAGAGAAACAGCUGUUGCAGCUCUUAAUGCAGAAUGAUCCUUUCCUGCUUCCUGAGGUCUGUCCACACUACAACAAGGGCGACGGUCAGUUUGGUUCCUGCAAAUUCGCCACCACCUGCAAGAAGCUCCACGUCUGCCUGCACUUCUUGCAGGGGGACUGCAAGUUUGGCUCUUCGUGUAAGAGAAACCAUACCUUUGAUGAGCAAGCAUUGAAGCUUUUCCAAGGAUUCAGUGAGGAGAAUAUUCAAAACAUUUACAAGAUCUAUAGGAAUAAAUUCAUCAUCACCGGUCCGCAAGAGAAGCCAACUGCUGCUCCAGCAGUGCUUCCAAAGGUGAGCGUCAGCCCGCAGCCUCUUUCCCCUCAGCCGCCUUCCCCUCAGCUGCCUCAGCCACCUACCCCUCAGCCUCCUCAAACCAAACCUGGAUCUUCCACUAAAUCUGUCAACCCUUCUAAACCAAUAACUGAUGCCGAGCGUAACGAAAUCUGCCUCUUCUUUAUUCGCCGACACUGCAGCUUCAAAGAGAAGUGCGGCCGCGUCCACUGGCACCUACCUUACAGAUGGCAGGUUCUGGACGCGGAUGGCGUGACCUGGAAGGACUUGGUCAACAUGGAGGAAGUUGAGAAAGCUUUCUGCGAUCCAUCAUGUGACACGAGCUGCAAAGAUCAGCCGGCACCCGCGUUGGGAUUUUUUAGUUUUUUGACUUUUCAAAGCAGAGCAUCAAAGAAUGAGCCGUGUGUGGACUUCAAAACGAUGACUUGCGAAGGGUCUCCGGUUCGGCGCUUGUCCACCGCCUCCUCUGUCUCCAAGCCCCCACACUUCAUUUUAACAACUGAGUGGUUGUGGUACUGGAAGGAAAACGGGGGGACGUGGGUGGAAUAUGGACAGGGUUCAGGGGAUUCCCCGGUCACGUCUCAAACUGUGGAAAAUGUGUACCUGGCAGACAGAGAAACAGAGAUGCCUUUCCAGGCUGGCAAACAAAACUACGUUCUCCACUUUAAAGAUGCAACAGGGUCCCAGCAAAUGUAUCAGCAAAAUCUCCAAUACCAGACCAAGAGGGAAGUGCGAAGGAGGCCUCGCUUUGUGUCUGCUCAUGAUGUGGAGCAGAAGCUCAAGAGUGGAACAUCACACACCUCCAGCUCCUCUGGUUUGGAAAAUGUCCCUUCACAUUGGGACAAGAAUGCACUGCCUGAUUUAGGGUAUAAGCUCCUGCCUCUCUCCAAAUCCGCAAACGAUUACAAUAUGAUUGAGGUGUUGUUCAAGCGCACCAUGCCUAAUGCCAACAUUGAGAGCAUCCAGAGGAUUCAGAACCCGUCUUUGUGGAAAGUCUUUCAAUGGCAGAAGGACCAGAUGCAGAAGAGGAACGGGGGAAAACUUGUGAAUCAGCAGUACUUGUUCCACGGGACAGAUGAGACACUGGUUGAUCCCAUAUGUGAGCAAAACUUUGACUGGAGGAUGUGUGGCGUCCAUGGAACAGCCUAUGGCAAAGGGAGCUACUUUGCCAAAGAUGCUUCCUACUCAGACAAUUAUUCCAAGAUUGGAGGGAGUCGAACCAAGACCAUGUUUGUUGCUCUGGUCCUGAUAGGUGAAUACACGACUGGGAGCGGCAGCUACGUUCGACCACCCCAAAAAGCAGGAAGCAAAGCCUUUUAUGACAGCUGUGUUAAUUCCACCGGAAACCCCAGCAUAUUUGUGAUCUUUGAUAAACAGCAGAUUUAUCCAGAGUAUCUAAUCAAAUACAGAUAAGUCCAAACUGAUUUGUAUUUCCUUUUCUCAAAAUGUUAGCAGUGGGGCAAACUCCAGCAUAUAUGAUGCUUUAUAGUGUAACUUUUGGCUCAUAUGAACAUUUUGAAUGAUACAAUUUUAGAUGCUUAGACUGUCUUCUAUGGGAAGCUGUAGUGGGGAUUGUUUCUUUCCAGUGCACAUUUUGUCUCUCAGUGUUUUCUGUAUUCUGCUGUUCAUUGUUUCUUUAUUUACUGAAUGGGAGGUCUUUGUUUAGGCUUUUAUGGUAUAAUCAUUCAGUGAACUUCUUUUUUGGGUGUAUAUCACCAAAAAAAUACUGAUACUAAGUGUGGGUGCUUUAUAAAAAAAAAAGACUGUAUUUAUUCAGAACUAAAAAAAAAAAACCUCCACAAAUGAAGUGAUCAGAUAUUUCUAAAGGGCGGACUUGUACAUGUAUGUAUAGAAAGCUGUGUUUUAGAGGGCAGACAGGGUAAGCAAAGUACUUGCUUGUGUCAGCCUUGGGGUUCCUUAAUAAAAUAAUUAUUAGAAAGUAUAGACACUUCUUGAGGCACUUAGUGUCCCGCUGUAUAGUGGCGUUUAUUUGACUCCUGUUGCCCCUAGUUUGGCUUUCUGUGUAACCGGGUUUCAGUGAUAAUCUUAGCUGCUUUAGAACUAGUUAUUAUGUGUUCUAAGAAACUGUCGUGUUUCACACCAAAGGUUUUAAAUUUCAUAAAAAUCAGUUGGCUAGUUUUCUAGAAUUCAAUUCAGAUUACCUUGUUUAUGUAUCAUCAUAUCAUAUUUUAAGACAAAAUAAUCAAACCAAUAGGGAGUGCAUGUACUUACUCAACAUUUAAUAGUUGUUGCAUUUUAAAACAUAGUUAGAAAAUUAUAGUUUUAUAGUAACGCAUAUAUAUUAAAAAUAUUAUACUGUCAGAUCUUCAUCAGUGGGAGCAUGAAGAAGUAAUUGCAAUAUUUUGUUUAAGCUUUUUUUUAGUGCACAAAAUCAUACAAAAGCAAUAACACUUGAUUCAGGGUGUUCUAUCAGUCACUUACUGUAUUUGUGCACAUCAAUGCUUUAAAUGAACAGAUGUCUUUGUUAAGUGUUUUGUUUGUCU